AUGACUGUGACGCACGAUGAGCCAGUGGUCCCUGCGUCAGAUGUAGAAGCUGACGUAUUUCCGGAUGACCCGAUGGCACCAGAUGAUGUAGAGGACACUGGGGCAGACAUUCCUGCAGACACAGGCACGCAGGCUGCUGAGGAUGAGCAUGAGGGAUUUUCGGGUCGUCCGAGCGACCCAUCCGAGCGUCCUGAGUUGAAGUUAUCCUCUCACAGGAGGAAGGUCCAUAGUUUAGGCAGGCCUGUCCCUGCGAUUAAAGGACUAGUUGCUGGGACAAGACUAAGUCCUCUGAUCGCGUGUUCAGUAGACACUGGCGAUCGGGGACUAUUGUCCUCGUUUGUCGAGCAGUGGCACCGGGAGACGUCUAGUUUCCAUCUCCCUAUGGGAGAGCUCACGAGCACGCUGGACGACGUCUCCUCGAUUCUACAUCUGCCCGUGGUUGGUGACUUGCACGUCUUUCAGCCCUUGCACGUGGAUGAUGCGGUUCAGAUGCUGGUGGACUUAUUGAUGGCAGGUCAUUGGACAGCUGCGGCUCGCGCAUAUCUCCUUCAUCUUCUGGGUUGCACUCUGUUUGCUAACAAGAGUGCAACAAAUGUGCAUGUUAUGUAUUUGGAGGUCCUUCGUGACCUCAGUCAGACCGGGAGGUAUGCUUGGGGAGUGACUACUUUGGUGCAUAUGUACGACCAGCUGAACGAUGCCUCUAUCAGCAGCAGUCGACAACUUGACGGUUACAUCACACUGCUGCAGUGCUGGAUUUACGAGCACUCUCCCUCAGUCGCGGAGUCCACUGCUGAUCAGGACUACGACGAGGAUUCCCCGCGUGCAUGUAGGUAUUGCAACGAAGAAGACCGUGAAGAGCAUACGUAUAGUGUCGUACAGGGAGCGCCUGGAUCGACUCCGGAUUCCGGAUGUCUGUUGGAUCCUAUAUGGGGAGCACUGACCGGUCCGGGACUUGCAUUUGAUUUCAUGCUAUUCUGGUCUCCUGCCCUGGGGUGGAUGCACUACUCGGAUCAUAUCGUUCCAGCAGGUGAGGUGUGCGCUGUGCCAGGUCAGUGUGCUAGUGACUACAUGGACUGGUUCUUCUGCAUCUCGCAUCCUUUCAUGACACCAGGCCACGCAUCAGAUCCUCUGCAGCCCCGAGUCGUCCCUCAGCCCCCACAGACAAAUAUCCCUCAUGUGCCGGAGCCAGGAGCACCAUCGACAUCUGCGAGGCCCGCUGUGGAGGAGCCUAGACAUGCAGUGGAAGUUUGCCAUUGGAUUGCUGAGAGGUUGGAGCGCCAUCUGAGCCUAGGGGUGGUCACGCCAGGCUCAUCGACACAUGAGGUGAUCGAAGAAUGCCUCAGGAUGGCCAGGAGUGUGACACAGGACCAACUAGCAUAUAUUAGGUUUCGACGCAGGCGGCACACGGAUUAG